UGAGGAGGAAGUGAAGGGAAAGUAGGGAACAUACAUUGUCGCUUAGCCUACAAUUACUCCGAGAAAUUCUGCGACCGUUAUGCUGGACAUUUGCCGAACAAAUUGACGUUAUUUCACACUAAGUUGUUGGCAAGAGGAUAUCUUUAUUCGAGUUGGACAGGUAGACAGUCUCCAUGCUCCUCUGGUAGCCUGUUGCUGAUGCUGCAGAGAUAACCGAGCUCUCAAGCAGGCAGACGUAGAACCACCGGGACCAGGGCAGGGAUGUCCAACAGACAGUCGGACGUCUCCAUGGGCGAUCAGGCCCCCCUCUUGCUGGAGCGACGCUUCUCCUCCGACCUGCAGCUGGACUGUCACUCGACGGAAAACCACCAUGGCCAACCGCAGGGCUUGCCCACAUCCCAGGCUGAGCCCUCGUUGGCCGAAGGCUCCGAGGGGCGGGAGCCUGUCUUCCUUAGCACGCAAAGCGCUGCGGCGCAGAAGCUGGGCACCCAGCAGCUCAUCCCUAAGAGCCUGGCGGUGGCCAGUCGACACAAUAAGCCCCGCCACCACACCACCGUGGUCACCUUCCCCUUGGGUCUGGAGGUCUCCUCCAACACCCCCUCCUCCAGGAGCCGCCACUCUGCCAUGGGGCCCGAUCUUUCCUGGGAGGACUACGACAGCGACGGGGAUGGCUUCUCACUGAGGAGGAACCGCAGGAACAAGUCGUACCGAGCGGCAGUGACCAGCCUCGACAUAGACGCCAUGGCAAAGAACCGAGGGAGCGCCAACACACUCAAGCCCGUGAGGGAGGACAGCAGAGCCUCCAGCCCCGGGCCGGCACGCAGUCCCGGACGCAAGAGAACCUUGGGGAGAAAGAGGAACCAGAAGCAUAGGGGCUCUUUCAAAGAUGAUCCUCAGCUGUACCAGGAGAUCAGGGAGCGGGGGCUGCACCCCAACUCUCCAAGUAUGGAGGACGAUGACUUUGUCCAUGUGGAGCCUCCUGAGGAAGACCACAGCAUCGUGGUCAAGAGCUACAGGCCAGCACAGGUCACUUGGAGCUCGCUACCACAGGUGAAGGAUACCGGUAUUCUUCAGAGGAUCUCGGCUGAGGAGCGGAAGCGACAGGAGGCCAUCUUUGAGAUCAUCACGUCGGAGUACUCAUACCUCCACAGCCUCAGUAUCCUGGUGCGCCACUUCAAGGGGAGCGAGGCGCUGCGGAAGACCAUAACCGCCACUGAGCACCACCACCUCUUCUCCAACAUCGCUGUCAUCGAAGGCGUCAGCAAAAGGUUUUUCGAGGACCUUGAAAGGCGUCACCAGGACAACGUGGUGAUCCAGGACAUCAGCGACAUAGUGCAGAACCACGCCGCCCACCACUUUGAGCCCUACAUUGUGUACUGCUCCAACGAGACCUUCCAGCAGAGGACGCUGCAGAAGCUGCUAACGAACAACACUGCCUUUAAGGAGGUGCUGAAACAGAUUGAGGGGAGCGGCGAGUCCCAAGGUCUGCCCAUGAUCUCCUUCCUCAUCCUCCCCAUGCAGAGAGUCACCCGGCUGCCGCUGCUACUAGACACCAUCUGUCAGAAGACUCCAGACAAGAUGGCAGAGUACUUUGCUGCAGUGUGGGCCCUGAAGGCCAUCAGUAAGUUGGUGAAUAGCUGCAACGAUGGAGCAAGGCGGAUGGAGAGGACAGAACAGAUGUACACUAUUCAGAAGCAGAUGGAGUUUGGCAAGAUCAAGCCCUUCCCUCUGGUGUCGUCACUGCGAUGGCUGCAGAAGCGUGGGGAGCUGGCCGUCUGCACCGAGGAGCUCAGUAUCUUCUGGAAGGCCUUCAGCCACAAGAGCUACUACCUGUUCCUCUUCAAUGACGUGCUCAUCGUCACCAAGAAGAAGAGUGAAGAGAGCUACGUAGUGAUGGACUAUGCCACUCUGGAGAACGUGGAGGUGAAAUCGGCGGAGGAGACUGAGGGUCAGACAUCGCCACCCGCCAAGGGAGGCUCCGCCCACCUGUCUCUACGGCUGCUGAUGUCAAGUAACAGAGAGGGGAGACUGGAGCAAAUCGCUCUGGUCGCAGAAUCCAGGGUUGACCGAGCUCGUUGGGUGAGUGCUCUCCGGGAGCACAAGCAGAUGGAGAACAGGACCAGUACAGACGGCCUUCCGCAGUAUGAGGCCACCAAAGCCUACAUGCCCAAGGAGCCAGACGAGCUAGGCCUGCAGCAAGCAGAGGUAGUCAUCCUCCUGCAGAUAGAAGACGACUGGUGCCAUGGAGAGAGGAUGAGGGACGGAGAGAGAGGCUGGUUCCCCGCCAACUGUGCCACUGAGAUCACCAACCGCGCCGCCAUGGAGAACAAUGUACAGCGUAUGAAGCGUCUACGCAAGGAGACCAACGUUUAAACAACUUUCUGCCAGCCAACCAAGAUACCUGCCUCCAUAUCGGUCACAGACCACUUGCUUAAGGGUCAGAGGAAGUUACUGGUUUGUUGCCCUGUACAUUUGAAAUAAGCAACAUUGGUCUACUGGUGAUUAGUGGAAAAUGGUAGUGCUGUAUGAAUUUAAUUGUACAGCUAUGUACUUGUCAUAGCUAGUUAUUCUGUUAAUGUUAUUAGAAUUUCUAUUGCACAUAUUCAUUUGAAACCAAUGCUGUUGCAUGGUGAUGUGACAACCCAUGUCAGUAAUACCUAUGUUAUGGGGCCAAUUGGAUCAUGUGAGUGCCAAAUACAUAAAAAUUCAAACUUGUAAACAUUUUAUCUACAACUUUAUAUUGGCUAAAUUAUAUAACCAACCAAUAAGUGCCUCUCUCCUUCACUGAAGGAAUGUUAUAUUCUGUAGUUAUUUUAAGUGUUUAUUGCCAUUCAUCUGGAAGGUGCAGACUAUUUAUUGGUGGGGUGUUGGGGUAAAACAACACAUUGUAAUACAUCAGCCAUGUUAUGGUGGUCCCAUUUAGUCAGGCAAAACAGUUGAGUAGACAGUUGACCUUUUUUUAUUUGAGCUUGCAUUUUGUUAAAAUUCAUGUUUGAAUACAUAAAAAGUUAUUUAAAAAUGUCAAACUGACCAGAUAUCAAAUUACUUUUCUUUUAAAAACCAUUUGGUGUAAAAACUUAGGACCGAUUUAGAAAAAAAAACAUCUGCCGUUUCCCAAUUUUUUUUUUUUUUUUUUUUUAGCUGUCACAAAAA